GAUCAAACCAAACAUGUACAAUCUCCUCAAUUCUUUUCUGGUUUUGUUCUUCCUCUUUUUCUUGUUUCACCAUCUUCCUUGUGCUUCAAGCAAACGAAACAAUGGGUGGUGUGAAUCUCAGUUUCAGUGUGGGAACAUCACCGCUGGUUUCCCCUUCUGGGGAGGGACUCGUCCUCGAGUUUGCGGUCACCCAUUGCUAGAGCUUAGCUGCCUUGACAAUUACAACACCACCUCUUUAAAAAUCUCAGACCUUUUGUACCGAGUGAUCAGUAUAAAUUAUACAUAUAACACUAUUAGAAUUGCAAGAACAGACUUCUUACAGUCCAUUUGCCUCUCUUCAUAUCCGUUUGCAAAUACGACUUUGCCUCGAGAAAUAUUCGACGUUUUGCCAACCUACAAGAGCGUCACAUUCUACCGUUGCUACCCUGUUCUUCCUAACCUUGCAAGGUACGGAUGUCCUGCCAUAGGUUCGGUCUCAGUGUCUACCAGACUUGAACAUCCUGUUAGCUGCGAAGCCCGUUUCGGCGUGAACAUUCCCACGAGCUUCGUUACAACAGAGAAAAAUCUGAACAUAACAAAUUUGGUAAGUGAUGUAAGAAAUGGAUUUGAAGUGAAGUGGAAGAUCGAUGAGAAUUCGUGUCUCGAAUGUUCGUCCUCUCAUAAAUAUUGUGGCUUCACCGAAACCUUUCCAUUAGACGUUAAAUGCCGACCAAUCCAUCCACCAACCGGUGGCUUUUCUUCUCAAGCAAAAACAGCUACAAUUGUAGGUGUUUCUCUGAUUCCAUUCCUUGUCUUAACAUUGGUUGUCCAAAUUUUCCGAAAGAGAAAAACUUCAACUGAUCUUGGCCAAAAGGAUCUCAAGGAACGUAUUCCACAACCAAGACUCAAAGCACUUAUACCACUAAAGCAGUAUAGCUACGAACAAGUAAAGAGAAUUACAAACUCAUUUGAGGAAGUGGUCGGGAGAGGCGGAUUUGGAACUGUCUAUAGAGGAACCCUUUCUGAUGGUCGUAUGGUUGCAGUGAAAAUCUUGAAGGACUUAAAGGGUAAUAAUGGUGAAGACUUCAUCAAUGAAGUUUCAAGCAUGAGCCAAACUUCUCAUGUUAACAUCGUUACCCUGUUAGGAUUCUGCUCUGAAGGUUACAAGAGAGCAAUUAUUUACGAAUUUAUGGAAAAUGGGUCUCUUGAUAAGUUCAUUUCAAGCAAGAAGUCAUCAAACAUGGACUGGAGUGAAGUGUAUGGUAUCGCGCUAGGCGUUGCUCGUGGUCUAGAGUACUUACACCAUGGCUGCAGAACAAGGAUUGUACAUUUCGACAUAAAACCACAAAAUGUACUCUUAGAUGACAAUCUUUCUCCAAAAGUUUCAGACUUUGGCCUUGCUAAGCUCUGCGAGAGGAAAGAAAGCAUACUGUCACUUAUGGACACGAGAGGAACGAUAGGUUACAUUGCACCUGAAAUGUUUUCAAGAGUGUACGGUAGAGUCUCGCACAAGUCAGAUGUGUAUAGCUAUGGAAUGUUGGUUCUUGAGAUAAUUGGAGCAAAGAACAAGCCACCAAAUGAAGACACUUCAUCUAGCACCAGCUCUAUGUAUUUUCCUGAAUGGAUAUAUAAGGAUCUUGAGAAAGAAAACAGUGGAAGAGUUCUCGAUAAUGGAAUGAAGAGCGAAGAAGAUGAGAUAGAAAAGAAGAUGAGGUUGGUGGGUUUGUGGUGUAUUCAGUCAUGGCCAUCAGAUCGCCCAUCAAUGAACAGAGUUGUAGAGAUGAUGGAAGGAGACCUAGAUGCUCUUGAAGUUCCUCCUAGACCUGUUUUGCAAUGUUCUGUAGUGCCUCAUCUCGACUCUUCCUGGAUAUCAGAGGAGGAUUCAAUCUCCUCUAGGAUAUGAUUUUUUCUCCACAACUGUAAAUCACAACAAGCUUUUAGUUUAUGAGAAAACGUCUUUGGUGUAACUAAAGAUGUAUCAUUAUUGAACUUCAAAGCAACAGCUAAUGAUCAUCUAAUCCAAAACAAAA